AUGAGCUCUGAGGAGGCUUCCCGUUUGGCACUGAAGGUAGCUAUUCGGCAUCGAAGCCAGAUGCCCGAACACAUGCAUAAAUACUGGCGUUUUCGCGAGUCACUCUUUAGUCGCUUUAACGAGGGAAUUCUAAUGGACGAAGAGUCAUGGUAUUCUGUUACCCCCGAGGCGCUUGCGUAUCGAAUUGCCGUUGAAUGCAAAUGCAAAGUUGCCAUGGAUGCCUUUUGUGGUUCCGGGGGGAAUAUCAUCCAAUUUGCUAUGACUUGUGAUCAUGCGGCCAUAUAUGGGGUUAAGGACAAAAUCACGUUCCUCUGUGGUGACUACCAGGAAUUUGCUAGAGAUGCUGAUCCCAAAGCUCGUGCGGAAGGUCACAUCGUACCCGAUGAAAAAUGGGAAGGAUGGCACAAGAAAAAAAUUGAUGUGUACUCACCUCCAUGGGGAGGCGUUGAUUAUAUGACUCCUUCUAAGAUCGGUUCUGAAGCGGUACCUCACCCGAAAUACUACAAUGCAUACCCUCUUUCCGCCUUACGCCCUUGUGGUGGAUUUACCUUAUUUGAUAUUUCUAUGAAAAUUUCCAACAAGGUAGUGAUGUUCCUACCAAGGAAUACGGACCUAGACCAAAUCUCACAAGUCGUAUCAAGAGACAAGUCAACAAAGUACACAGCUCAUGUGGAAGAAAUGUGGAUGGGCACCAAACUGAAAGCAUUAUGCGUCUACUUCGCCAAGGAGCAGCCAAACAUUGAGGGCAGUGGUGAAUCUGAGGAAUAA